UGAAAGCAAAGCAGAGGCAGAAAAUGUUGCCGUUACAUAUACAUACAUGCAGGAACUGGGGAGUACAAAGGGUGGGGUCAAAACUUGAUUAAAAGGCCAAAAGCGAUAAUGCCGUUCUGUCACUUAUUCCUCUUGCAAGCCGAAAUCAUCGCUUCCCUCUCUAAUCCCUCUCUUUUCUGUAAUUAAAGCUCUCUUCCCUCCUGCCUUCACCUUCGGUUCUUUCCUUUCGGUAAGAAUCCACCCUCAUUCUGACCAUUCUUUCAUGCUUCCUCUUGGGAGAUUGCGCCUUCCCUUCUCAUGAUCGCUUCUUCACCCUAAUUCUCUUCACUAUUCUCUUCACCCUAUUCUUGCACCUUCACAGUUUUUACAACUUUCAGGACUAUGUUUUAAAUUUUUCAUCCAAGUAUUGCUUCUCCUUUUCUUUUCUUUUCUCUGUUUUUUUUUUUAAUUUUUCUUUGUUUCCCUAGUGUUUGUUGGUUUUAAUCUCAUCCGGGGUCUUCGGAUCGCCUCGACGCCAGACCUUGGUGGUGGUGGAUGGAAGUUUUCCGUUUAUAAUCCUGAAAGGUCUUCAGUUUGUUGAGACCCUUGCCGGAAAAUUAUUCCGAACAUGUCACUUGCUGAUGUUGCUCGUACUCCGAUUCGUCCAGAAUCUGUCUGCUUCCAAGGCCAGCUCUUGCCUUGUUCAGGUAAAUCCAUCUUGAUUUACCUCGCCGUGGACGGAGCUCUGACCCCUAUGCGUGUGUUGGAGUCCGAUUCCAUAGCAUCAGUGAAACUCAGGAUUCAGAAAUUCAAGGGAUUCGUGAUUAAGAAGCAGAAGCUUGUUUUCGAAGGCAGAGAGCUGGCCCGCCACGGUACUCCCAUCAAGGACUACGGUGUGACCGGUGGCAAUGUUCUUCACCUGGUUCUCCGGCUCUCCGAUCUCCUGUUUGUCAUCGUCAGGACCACUUGUGGCAAGGAAUUCGAAUUUCAUAUCGAUCGCCAUAGAAAUGUUGGGUAUCUCAAGCAACGCAUUAAUAAGGGAAAAUGUUUUGUUGAUCUUGAGAAUCAAGACCUUUUCUGCAACGGCGAGAGGCUUGAUGACCAGAGAAUGUUUCACGACGUAUGCAAGAGUGACGAUGACGUGAUUCACUUAUUGGUUCAAAAAUCAGCCAAGGUUAGAGCCACACCCAUCGAGAAAGAUUUAGAACUGUCCGUUGUGGCCUCCACCACUUCAGAGGAGAGUAUCGACGGGAACAAGAAGAAACUUCUGUCAGCAACAGAAGCUGAAGGUGUAGAUUUCAUAUUGGAACCAAUAGUUGUGAAUCCAAACAUCCAAACGUUCCCUUUCCUGUGGGAGAUGAUAAACUCGACGUAUGAUGGUUUGCAAAAAGGUAAUAAGCCGGUAAGGUCCUCUGAGGGCACAGGAGGGACAUACUUCAUGCAAGAUGCAACAGGUCAAGAGUAUGUUUCAGUAUUUAAGCCCAUUGAUGAGGAGCCAAUGGCGGUGAACAACCCGCGGGAUCUUCAGAGAUCAACAAAUGGGGAGGGAUUGAAAAUAGGGACGAAGGUAGGAGAAGGAGCAGUGAGGGAAGUAGCAGCAUACAUAUUAGACCAUCCAAAAGGAGGAAGACGAGAGGUAUCAGGUGAAGCCAUGGGAUUUGCAGGUGUUCCUCCCACAAUUAUGGUGAAGUGCUUGCACGAAGGAUUUAACCACCCUGAAGGGUUUGACUGUUCAUCAAAACAUGUGAAGGUUGGGUCUCUCCAGAUGUUCAUGAACAACGAUGGUAACUGUGAGGACAUUGGAUCAGGGGCUUUUCCUGUGGAGGAGGUGCAUAAGAUUACCGUGCUUGACAUCAGAAUGGCUAAUGCAGACAGACAUUCUGGCAACAUAUUGCACAGGAAAGAACCAGAAACAGAUAAAACUAUCCUCAUUCCAAUCGAUCAUGGUUACUGCCUGCCAGAGAAAUUUGAAGAUUGCACUUUUGAUUGGCUUUACUGGCCACAAGCACGCAAACCUUACUCUCCUGAUACAGUUGAGUAUAUAAAAUCUAUGGAUGCCGAGGAAGAUAUAGAACUAUUGAAGUAUUAUGGGUGGGAUGUUCCAUUGGAUUGUGCGAGAGUGCUUCGCAUUUCAACCAUGCUGCUUAAGAAAGGGGUUGAGAGGGGUCUCACCCCUUAUGCCAUCGGAAGCAUAAUGUGCAGAAAAAACAUGAACACAGAAUCUGAAAUAGAGGAGAUGAUUCAGGAGGCCAAGGAUUCCUUAUUGCCAGGCAUGAGUGAGUCUGCAUUUCUUGAAGCAAUCUCCCAGCUCAUGGAUUCCCGCCUUGACAAAAAGCAGCUUGCAAAUUAGGUUUUUUCGGAUUAUAUAUAUAUAUAUAUAUAUAUAUAGGUUUGCAUGUACGAUCACUUGGUAACAUUUGAGUGAGUGACUAGUCCAGUUUAGGAUGGGCAUCACAAUAUUGUGUCAAUAAGUGCGACGGCUUCAUGUGUUUUAGGGACGUAAGCCUCAAGCUUUUAAUCAUCUCUCACUUCAACUAUCUAUUGGGAUUGCAUCGGCAUGUUCAACAGAAUUAUGUCCGGAUGAGAAGUAUAUAUAUUCUCCUGAGAUUUUAUGGAUUGCUUAGGAUUGUGUCAAAAAGAAGUUUGAAAACCAUGUUGAAAUU